AUGAAUUCCGACUUAUCUAAGUUUUACCUAGUUUCUUCAUCAUCAUCAUUCUCAACCUUGCUUUUCAUCAUAAUUACCUUUAUUCUCUCCUUCCUUCUCCUCAUUCCAAUCCUCAUCCUUAUUUUUCUCAUUUUUUCUAAUUAUUCUCUUUAUUGUCAUCCUCUACCACCUUCUUAUCCUCCUCAUAUUAAUCGUCAUUCUCAUAAUCCUCACCCUCAUACUCAUCUUCACUAUCAUUUUCAUUAUCCUUAUCUUCGUCAUCAUACUUCUACUCAUCAUAAUUCUCACCCUUAUCAUCAUUCUUCUUGUCCUUCACUUCAUUCACCUCAUCUUCCACUUUAUCCUUUCCCAUCCUAUCAUCCUUUUUCUCUUCUCACUCCUCCUCAUCCAACUCAUUCUCCUCCUCCUUAA